AUGAACGACGACCCAGGACCACAGCCGGCAACUUCAUCCACUGCCCCAAUGAUUCCUGCUGAACCACAACCUACUGAAAACGUCAAUGAGUACCUCGAGCCGGACUUGCAGCGGGCGCGAUUGGACGAGGAUGGCAACGUUGUGGACUGCGACCUACAUUGGGUCCAGGAGCUAGAAAACAGCGAACCCCAUCCUGAACCAACCAUGGACAUGUAUGCCGCAAUGUCUGAGGUGGAUGAAUUCUUCAAGAUCGAGAUCGAUAUGCCGACGACAUGGUCCAAUCGACAGCGCAAGAUGUUCGAGCGCAACCCGGUGGCGUUCAUGGUGAAGAAGAGGAGGGAUUCUGAAGUCAGCCUGGCUCGGCUGUCUCCAGCAGAACGUGAACUGUUCGUGCGGGCGAAAGCCAAGGAGGUGGAGUCCUUCAUCAAGAACGAGGCGGUCCGCAAAUGCGUGGACAGUCAAGAAGUUCGCGAGGCCUACGACUCCCAGCGGAUAGUCAAGGCGAGAUGGGUGUUGACCUGGAAGCUGGUUCCUCCUGAAGAUCGGGAAGCUGCUGUCAAGGAUGCCAUGGAAAAUACGGAAACAACUCUCCAUGACAAGCAAGGUCGUCGCAAGGCGAAGGCAAGGAUCGUAAUGCUCGGCUUCCAGCACCCAAGCCUUCUUGACCCCAGCUUCAAAACCGCUAGUCCUGUGCAAUCAAUGCUGGGGAGAAACUUGCUGUACUUGAUGGCAGCACAGCAUGGCUGGGAACUGGAGGGAUUAAACCUUGCGACAGCGUUCCUGCAGACGAUGCCCACUGAAGCAGAUGCGCCACUGUGGACAACAAGAGUUGAAGAGCGACGACAAGCUCUUGGGGUUGACUCCGAAAGCAGUCUCCGCAUCCUUCGGAACAUCUACGGAAGUACCACGGCACCCCGUGGACUGCGGCUGGACCUUCGCAAGACUGUGACAAACCUUGGGGCAAUAGCCAUAGUGGGCGAGCGCUGUUUGUGGAUUUGGUUGUCUCAACAUGAAUGCGAUGGAGACCACCCUCGCACCAUAGGAGCCAUGGGAGGACAUGUUGAUGAUUUCCACCGGAUCGGCGAUAACAACAGCGCUGAAUGGCAAGCCAUUAAGGAGAAGGUCAACAAGGCCUACAAGUGGGCAAUGACAAAGUUCAAGAACUAUCGUCAUGCAGGGACGGACGUCAGCACAUCCCUCGACGCCCACGGGAACACGAAAAUCACCGUGGACCACGACUACUGCAUCGAGAGCCUCAUGGAUGUGGAUGUCAAGCCAGACCGUCUGGCUUCCGAUGGGACUAUGAACCCCUCGGAAAUAGCUGUGUGCCGCACGGCUCUUGGAGCACUGCAGUGGCUAGCAGUGCAGACUCAACCACAGCUUUGCAGCCGUUGCAAUUUACUUCUGACUGAAGUGGUGACAAAGGCCCAGCUUCAGACUGCCCGAGAAAUGCAGCAAAUGAUUGCUGAAGUCAGAAACGAGAGCUACCGCCUGGAGUUCUUCAAGCUUCGCACAGUGCGCCACUGGUCCGGAAUGGUCUUUGUUUCCAUGGGAGAUCAGGCACAUGCCAACAGGGACAACGGCCAUGGAAGCAACGAUGCAAAAGUUCAAGCGAUCCUGGAGGCCGAGGACCAGAACUUCCGCAUUAAACUUCUCUGGACAAAGCUUCAUGGACGUGGCGUUCCUCGACAACUUCGUGAUGAUCUAAUUGAUCUAGUCACCACUGCAGAAGGCCAGGCAAGCACAGUGAAAGGAGUCUUAUGCACAGAUUCUAGCGGCGGCUACGAUGCUGUGGAGCGGAAUGAGUCUCCGCUCUUGGGCUUGCGCAACAUGCGAGCUGCCCUCCAAGCCCUCCAGCUUCGAGAUAAUCUUCGACGCGUCGGAUGCGAGCCGCGAUGGCUAGCCUCCGAUUACGACUUGGCUGAUGCUAUGACAAAGAAGAAAGCUGAGAGUCGUGUUGGGCUUUUAACCUUCUUGAAGACUUGGUUGUGGUCAGUGGCUUUUGAUCCAACCUUUACCUCCGCGAAGCGAGUAAGCAAAAAGGCCGCUCAGCAGUUGGUAAAGUUACCAAGCAUUUGA